AUGUCUUAUCUGCAUGAAUUUCUUUUGUAUGCAGUGCAAGUUCCAGGGCCUGUAGAAAACCUGCAUGCUGUAUCUACCUCACCUACCUCAAUUCUUAUUACAUGGGAACCCCCUGCCUAUGCAAAUGGUCCAGUCCAAGGCUAUAGAUUGUUCUGCACUGAGGUGUCCACAGGGAAAGAACAGAAUAUAGAGGUUGAUGGACUAUCUUAUAAACUGGAAGGCCUGAAAAAAUUCACCGAAUAUACUCUCCGGUUCUUAGCUUAUAACCGUUAUGGGCCAGGAGUAUCUACCGACGAUGUAACAGUGGUUACACUUUCAGAUGUGCCCGGCGCUCCACCGCAGAACAUCUCACUGGAAGUGGUUAAUUCAAGGAGUAUCAAAGUAAGCUGGCUUCCUCCCCCAUCAGGAACACAAAAUGGAUUUAUUACUGGUUAUAAAAUUCGACACAGAAAGACCACCCGCCGGGGUGAAAUGGAAACACUGGAACCAAAUAACCUCUGGUACCUGUUCACAGGAUUGGAGAAAGGGAGUCAGUACAGUUUCCAAGUGGCGGCCAUGACUGUCAAUGGCACUGGACCACCUUCCAACUGGUACACAGCAGAGACCCCAGAGAAUGACCUAGAUGAGUCUCAAGUUCCCGACCAGCCAAGCUCCCUUCAUGUACGACCCCAGACAAAUUGCAUCAUCAUGAGUUGGACUCCUCCUCUCAACCCAAACAUUGUGGUGCGAGGUUAUAUUAUUGGAUAUGGCGUUGGCAGUCCUUAUGCUGAGACAGUGCGUGUGGACAGUAAGCAGCGGUACUAUUCCAUCGAGAGAUUAGAGUCAAGUUCUCAUUAUGUAAUCUCCUUAAAAGCUUUCAACAAUGCAGGAGAAGGUGUCCCUCUUUAUGAAAGUGCCACAACACGGUCCAUAACAGAUCCCACUGACCCCGUUGACUAUUAUCCUUUGCUUGAUGAUUUCCCCACCUCGGGCCCAGACGUCUCCACCCCCAUGCUCCCACCAGUAGGUGUACAGGCUGUGGCUCUUACCCAUGAGGCUGUGAGGGUCAGCUGGGCAGACAACUCUGUCCCGAAGAACCAAAAAACAUCUGACGUGCGGCUUUACACUGUCCGGUGGAGGACCAGCUUUUCUACCAGUGCCAAGUACAAGUCAGAAGACACAGCCUCUCUCAGCUACACAGCAACGGGUCUCAAGCCUAACACGAUGUAUGAGUUCUCGGUCAUGGUGACGAAGAACAGAAGGUCUAGCACAUGGAGUAUGACAGCGCACGCCACCACCUACGAGGCUGCCCCGACUUCUGCUCCCAAGGAUUUGACAGUCAUAACUCGAGAAGGGAAGCCUCGGGCUGUCAUUGUGAGCUGGCAGCCUCCCUUGGAAGCCAAUGGGAAGAUCACUGCUUACAUCUUGUUUUAUACCUUGGACAAGAAUAUACCAAUAGACGACUGGAUUAUGGAGACUAUAAGCGGUGACCGGCUGACCCAUCAGAUCAUGGAUCUCAACCUCGACACCAUGUACUACUUUCGAAUUCAAGCACGGAAUGCGAAAGGCGUGGGGCCCCUCUCCGAUCCUAUCCUUUUCAGGACUUUGAAAGUGGAACACCCUGACAAAAUGGCUAAUGACCAAGGUCGUCAUGGAGAUGGAGGUUAUUGGCCAGUUGAUACUAACUUGAUUGAUAGAAGCACUCUCAAUGAACCCCCCAUCGGACAGAUGCACCCCCCGCAUGGCAGCGUCACUCCUCAGAAGAACAGCAACCUGCUUGUGAUAACUGUGGUCACCGUAGGCAUCCUCACCGUGUUGGUCGUGGUGAUCGUAGCUGUGAUUUGUACCCGGCGCUCUUCAGCCCAGCAGAGGAAGAAACGGGCCACGCAUAGUGUGAGCAAGAGGAAGGGCAGUCAAAAGGACCUCCGACCUCCUGAUCUUUGGAUCCAUCAUGAAGAAAUGGAAAUGAAAAACAUUGAGAAGCCAUCAGGAACUGACCCUGCAGGAAGGGACUCCCCCAUCCAGAGCUGCCAAGACCUCACACCAGUUAGCCACAGCCAGUCAGAAACCCAGAUGGGAAGCAAAAGCGCCUCGCAUUCAGGGCAAGACACCGAGGAAGCAGGGAGCGCCAUGUCCACUCUGGAGAGGUCCCUUGCAGCACGCCGGGCAACCAGAGCAAAGCUAAUGAUCCCCAUGGAAGCCCAGUCCAAUAAUCCUGCUGUCGUCAGUGCCAUCCCUGUGCCAACACUGGAAAGUGCCCAGUAUCCAGGAAUCCUCCCAUCUCCCACCUGUGGAUACCCCCAUCCGCAGUUCACUCUCCGGCCAGUACCAUUCCCAACACUGUCUGUGGAUCGAGGUUUUGGAGCAGGAAGAACUGUGAGUGAAGGACCCGCUGCUCAACAGCAGCCCAUGCUGCCCCCAGCUCAGCCUGAACAUCCCAGCAGCGAAGAAGCACCCAGCAGAACGAUCCCCACAGCCUGUGUCCGACCAACUCAUCCGCUCCGCAGCUUUGCCAACCCUUUGCUACCUCCACCAAUGAGUGCAAUAGAACCAAAAGUCCCUUAUACACCACUCUUGUCUCAGCCGGGACCUACUCUGCCCAAGACUCAUGUUAAAACAGCCUCCCUUGGGCUGGCUGGAAAGGCAAGGUCCCCUUUGCUUCCCGUGUCUGUGCCAACAGCCCCUGAAGUGUCGGAGGAGAGUCACAAGCCAACAGAGGAUCCAGCCAGUGUGUAUGAACAGGACGACCUGAGUGAGCAAAUGGCAAGUCUGGAAGGGCUAAUGAAGCAACUUAACGCCAUCACAGGUUCAGCUUUUUGA